GAGAGCAUGGUCCUGCAGCAGCACAAACACAGCUCCUCUCCUGCAGCAACCCCGGGGCUCUCGCACCUUCGUCCGCCUCCCCUGGCCCAUCCUGCGCAGCCACGCUGCCAGCUCUCCCUGGGAACCUUAUUACUACAGAAUACGCAUCCAAUAGGAGCUUUCCUUCAGGCAACAUUCUAACGAAACUCUGGUAUAUUUCCGUCUUAUCUCCUCUUCUUCUUUUUUUUCUCUGUCUCGUGGAGAUCGCUGGGAGCCGAGGACAACCGUGCAGAGGCUCGGCAGAAGCAGCGUGGCAACGUAUCAAGGAAAUGUAACAUCCAAAACGAGGUGCUGUGCUGAAGUUCUGCCGGUGUCUGCUAGGAACUCUUUUUGUAGGAGAAGAUUCCGAGAGAGAACGAAAGCCUCUCAGUAUCCCUUCUAGAGGAUGUCACGACAGCAUAGUCGCUUCGAGAGGGACUUCUGCGGCGGGUGGGAAUGGAACCCGGGCAACAAUCAUGUGAACGCCAGCAACGUCUGCAGUACGGCUAAUGGCAACAACAGGCCGGGACUGCUCCCUCUACCAAUUGUACCAUCACGUCUUCCAACACCAACUACCAUGUCUACAACCGUGGGCAGUGAUGCGGUAACGAGCAUCGAGAACAACCCAUCAGCAGCGUCUGCCUCAAAAACACCAAUACUUUCCAAGACUGAGAAGCAAACGCAAGGACAACUUCUGGCUACCAGCGUGCGGUGGGGACAGACUCCCAUCAAUCAGUCCACUCCAUGGGAUACUGAGGAGCCCCCGACUAAGCAGAUGAGGAAAGGCGAAAACCCAGCCACCCCACCAUGGGCGACCACGGUAUCUGCAGCUACUCAGGCGUCCCUCAUAGCCCACUCAUAUGGAAUGACCCAGCCGCCCAUCUAUAGCCAAGCAGCCAAUGUCCAGGCUCCAAUCAUCGGGGUCACCCCCACUCUACCACCUCAUGUGGCCACUCAGCUUCCACUCAUGGCGGCUCAUUACCAACUGCAGCAACACCAGCAGCCGACACCACCUCUGAGCAAUAUGGUGGUCAAUCUCCAAAGCCAAACCAUGUAUAGGCACAGCCAGCCAAUUGCUAUGUCCUCUCUGACCGGUGUCGGUCAGGUCCCGCACCCAGGCCACACAGCUGUAGGCAAUGGUCACAUGACUUGCCCCAUCCUGCCACAUCCACCACCCACCAUGCCUUCGGCAGCCCUACCUAAUAGCGUUCCGGCUACAAACGGACAAAGCGCUCCAGCGCCUCCUCCAAGCCAGACCAGCAACCAAGAAAGCAACCCCAACGGAGUCCAGAUGCUACGGACAAUCGGCAUGGGAAAGUACGAGUUCACAGACCCCUGGUAUCCAAAAGAAAUGUUGAAGGAAUUGAACCAGCAGCGCAGAGCGAAAGAUUUUACAGACCUGAAAAUAAUUGUUGAAGGCAAAGAGUUUGAAGUCCACCAAAAUGUUCUAGCUUCCUGCAGCUUGUAUUUCAAGGACCUGAUUAAAAGGUCAUCGCGGGAUUCGGCUAAAAGUGGGGAGAAAUUGGAGUUGGCAAUGUCCAACAUUAAUGCAGAAGUCUUGGAACUGCUGUUGGAGUUUGUUUAUACAGGUUCCUUAAUCAUAGAUUCAGCCAAUGCCAAAAUCCUCCUGGAAGCAGCAAGCAAAUUUCAGUUCCAUACGUUCUGCAAAGUGUGCGUCUCGUUCCUCGAAAAACAGCUGACCGCCAGCAACUGCUUAGGAAUCUUAGCGAUGGCGGAAGCCAUGCAGUGCAUGGAACUCUACAGUAUGGCCAAAGCAUACGCUCUACAGAAUUUCCCCGAGGUGGCAAAUCAGGAAGAGAUCCUGAAUAUAUCCACAGAAGACUUUGUCUCCUACAUUUCCAACGAUAGCCUGAACACCAAGGCCGAAGAACUGGUGUAUGAAACAGUAAUAAAGUGGAUAAAGAAGGACCCGGCGAGCAGAGCUAAGUAUUCCGCUGAAUUGUUGGCUGUUGUCCGCCUCCCCUUCAUUCAUCCAAGUUAUCUCCUGAAUGUUGUCGACAACGAGGAGCUGAUAAAGUCAUCAGAGGCUUGCCGGGACCUAGUCAAUGAAGCAAAGAGAUAUCACAUGCUUCCACAUGCUCGGCAAGAGAUGCAGACCCCACGGACCAGGCCAAGGUUAUCAGCAGGUGUAGCUGAAGUAAUUGUCCUAGUCGGAGGUCGGCAGAUGAUCGGGAUGAAUCAGAGAACGCUGACGGCUGUCACUUGCUUAAAUCCUCAAAUAAACAAAUGGUACCCGCUGGCCAGUCUACCUUUCUACGACCGCGAGUUCUUCAGUGUUGUGAGCGCAGGAGACAACAUCUACCUUUCAGGUGGCAUGGAAUCCGGCGUGGCUCUUGCCGACGUAUGGUGCUACAUGUCCUUACUCGACAACUGGAAUCUAGUAUCAAGGAUGAUCGUCCCAAGGUGUAGACAUAACAGUUUGGUUUACGAUGGGAAAAUUUAUACCAUUGGAGGCCUUGGAGUAGCAGGAAAUGUAGACCACGUCGAAAGGUAUGAUACAAUUAUCAACCAAUGGGAAACUGUAGCCGCCCUUCCAAAACCAGUGCAUUCGGCAGCAGCCACCGUGUGCGGGGGCAAAAUCUAUGUGUUCGGGGGAGUGAAUGAAGCGGGCAGGGCAGCCGGGGUGCUGCAGUCCUACGUACCGCAGACGAAUACAUGGAGUUUUAUUGAAUCUCCCAUGAUCGACAACAAAUACGCCCCGGCCGUCACCCUCAACGGCUUUAUCUUCAUCCUCGGAGGAGCUUAUGCCAGAGCGACUACAAUCUACGACCCAGAGAAGGAGAAUAUUAAAGCCGGACCCAACAUGAAUCACUCCAGGCAAUUUUGCAGCGCCGUGGUCGUGGACGGAAAAAUAUACGCGACGGGUGGAAUAGUCAGUAGCGAAGGUCCUGCCCUGGGAAAUAUGGAAUUCUACGAUCCCAAUUCAAACACGUGGACUCUCUUACCCAACAUGCCUUGCCCUCUCUUCCGCCACGGAUGUGUAGUCAUUAAGAAAUACAUUCAAAGUGCUUGACGAAACAAAAGCUUCAUCCACACCUGGAGCGUUCUCUCCUUUAACCUUCGACGGCGCCUACGCCGGCUCUGAAGAACGAUAUAUUACCCUGCUUUAGCAGCAUUCUUUUUUUUUUGUUUUCUUGUUUUUUUGUUUUUUUUUAAGUAGGAAAAAAAAAAAGGACAAAGAACAUUUUCUUUUUUUGAUUUUCUUUCCUCAGCAGGUUUUUGAAUAAUGUCUACAUUGAAUGUAGAAAAUCUUCCUCGCCUUUGGAGGACGCUGGAGCGUUGAGCUCCUUUUUGUGUGCGGUUAGGUCACGGCACGUGCCCGG